AUGGAGGAAAAUCAGACAAUGGUCACAGAAUUCAUCCUUCUGGGAUUUGGUCUUGGUCUAAAGAUUCAUAUAGUCCUUUUUGGCCUUUUUCUCUUCUAUACAAUCACUUUACUGGGCAAUGGCGUCAUCCUGGGGCUCAUCUGUCUAGACCCCAGACUGCACAACCCCAUGUACUUCUUCCUCUCCCACCUGGCCAUCGUGGACAUCUCCUAUGUCUGCAAUAUGGUGCCCCAGAUACUGGUGAACCUCCUGGACCCAACCAAGCCCAUCUCCUUUGCUAGAUGCAUAACACAGACAUUUCUGUUUCUGACAUUCGGACACAUAGAAUGUCUCCUUUUGGUGAUGAUGUCCUAUGAUCGGUACGUGGCCAUCUGCCACCCACUGCGAUACACUGUCAUCAUGAGCUGGAGACUCUGUAUUUUCCUGGCUAUCACUUCCUGGACAUGUGGCUCCCUCUUAGCCCUGGUUCAUGUCAUUCUCAUCGUGAGGCUGCCCUUCUGUGGGCCUCAUGAGAUCAACCACUUCUUCUGUGAAAUCCUCUCAGUGCUCAAGCUGGCCUGCGCGGACACCAGGCUCAAUGUGGUAGUCAUCUUUACAGCUUCUGUGUUCAUCUUGGUGGGUCCCCUGUGCCUGGUGCUGGUCUCCUAUACGCGCAUCCUGCUGGCCAUCCUGCGGAUCGGGUCGGGGGAAGGCCGCAGGAAGGCCUUCUCCACCUGCUCCUCCCACCUCUGCGUGGUGGGUCUCUUCUUUGGCAGCGCCAUCAUCACGUACAUGGCCCCCAAGUCCCGCCAUCCUGAGGAGCAGCAGAAGAUCAUUUUUCUCUUUUAUACUUUUUUCAACCCCAUGAUGAAUCCCCUGAUCUACAGCCUGAGGAACGCAGAGGUCAAGGGUGCCCUGAAGAGGGCGCUGUGCAAGGAAAUUCUUUCCCACCUGUGA